AAAACAUCUAAUUUUAAAAUUUUAAUGAAUUUAAAACUUCAAUUGUAAAUUUGUUUUAAUUUUAUCGCAGCGUCUGUACUUUUAUUUUAAAUUAUUCAACCGAUUUGAAAGAACGAAAUUCCAAAAAUGAUGACAAAAAUUGUGAAAGCCAAAUACAUUGCACUGACGUUGUUAGGAGUUUGGGUUCUGUCUAUGAUCUAUAUGUCAUUCAGCAUGACGGCCAAUCAGGACGCGAAAAAUUUCCAACUGAAGGAAGAUCUUCUGACAAGGGCCCUCAGUGAGAUUGACAGAUUGAAACAAACCAACAGGGAAUUGACUGAAUACAUAGAAAAAACAAGACAAAAUGUGAAUGAUCAUAAUGUUAAUGUAGUUCUAGAUCGUUCAACAAAUCAUCCUGUCGAAAAAAGUAUAAAAAUCGUUAGAGCAUUAAAACCGAGCAAAGAGCAUGAAAUGUGCGCCAGACAAGUGAAAAACGACGUCGAUGAACUCUGGUACUACAUUCGGGACCAGUUCCAGAAGCUGAAGACAGAGUUCCAUAACUCUGAGAAAGUUGAAAAAAUAAGGAAAAAUUUAUUUCAAUAUUAUAGCGUGAUAGUGAAUGAUUUGAAAUCGUUGGGAGAGGCAGACGCAGCAGACGCGUGGCGUCUCAAGGAGUCAAAGGAGUUAGGGCAAUUAGUGCAGAAAGUUAUCCACAAAUUACAGAACCCAAAAGACUGCUCGACCAGUCGACUCUUGGUAUGCAACCUCAAUAAGGGCUGUGGUUUCGGCUGUCAGGUUCAUCAUGUUGUCUACUGCAUGAUUAUGUCCAUGGGCUCCAAUCGAACUUUCGUCUUGAAUGCUAAGAGCUGGAGGUACCUGAAUGAUGGCUGGGGUAAGUUUUUCAUCCCCCCUAGUACUGCUUGUGAUGCAGUUAAUUACGGAGAGCCACCGUUCUGGAAGGGGGAAGAAGACACUACACGAGUCAUCCAACUGCCAAUUAUCGACACCCUAAAUCCCCGACCGAACUACCUCCCUCUAUCCAUCCCCACCCAACUUUCGGAGCGUUUGAAACGUCUGCACGGUGACCCUUUCGUCUGGUGGGUGGGCCAGCUGAUGAAAUACCUCAUGAGGCCCCAGCCUACAUUUCAGAUGGAUAUCGACGAUGUUGCCAAGGAUUUGGGGUUUGACGAGGGGGAAGUUACCGUCGGCGUCCACAUAAGGAGAACAGACAAAGUUGCAACCGAGGCAGCCUUCCAUUCGUUAGACGAGUACAUGGCACAUGUUGAUACCUACUUCGAUGUCCUCGACACGAUAGCUGCCUACCCUAAGAAAAGGUCAAUCUACCUUGCCACCGAUGAGCCGUCUGUUUUUCAAGAGGUCGCCCAGAAAUACCCAAACUACAAAGUGAUUGGCAACAAAGAUUUCUCACAGUCGGCAUCGUUGAGGUCCAGGUACACGGAGGCCUCGUUACGUGCUGUAAUCUUGGAUGUCCAUUUCCUGUCUAGGUGUAAAUAUCUCGUCUGCACGUUCUCCUCUCAGGUCUGUAGGAUGGCCUAUGAGCUGAUGCAGACGAUGCACGGAGAUGCUUCGAAGUUCUUCACCUCCCUGGACGACAUCUACUACUUCGGAGGCCAGUUGGGCCACAGCCAGCUAGCCAGACUGCCCCACUCCCCAGAGGAGCCAAACGAGAUAAGUUUCAGAAGCGGGGACAGGAUUGGCGUGGCCGGCAACCACUGGAAUGGGUUCUCGAUGGGGACCAAGUUAGGCACGCCAGAGAGGGGUUUAUACCCUUCGUUCAAGACCUUAGAGGUCGUCAGUGAGGCCGAUUUUCCGAUAUUCAACGAGUUUAAAGAUGAAAUCGAGGAUGACGAUAUGAGGGAAGGGGGCGAAGAUAGAAGAAAGAAUGAUGCAAAUUCUUUGGAGGGUAAAGAGAUGCGAUCCGCAAACAUUCACGACAGCAACAACGUACAAAUUAAACCCAUGAUCAACAGUCAUAAUGUUCCCCCAUUAGAAGCUAUGCAGAAUGCUUAA